UGAUUGCUCGCUCAGCUCGUGUUGUAAAUUCAACUCCCAAAAGCAGGCAACAAGUAGUCCUACUGGGGAACUCCUUUAAAACAAAGCAAAAAGAACAGUAACAUACCAAGGACCACAACAAAAAUAGCCUGCUUCCCUGUACAAACAAAGCGGUGCUUUUAGUUUCACAUCCCAGAUAAGCCUUAUGUUUAGCAAUGAACACGUGUUGAGUGUUUAUAAAGUCUCUCCCAUUUUCACAGAAUCACACAACUGUAGGAUGGAAGGGACCUCUGGGGAUCCACGAGCCCAACUGCUUCACUGCUGAAUGCUCCAGUUACACUUCAAGCAUGAUUUUUUCCUCAAAAAGGUUUCAGGACCUUAAAACAUCUAAGGACAGUAUGUCUGGAAAGCGGAAAAUUAAGAGGAGAAGCAUAGAAGGUUGUGGAGCAGUUGUUGCUCUUCCAAAUGCAGAUAGGAUAGUGAAAGAAAUCUGUGAUUCAUGCAGAGCUCUAAGAAAAAACAGCCAAAAAACACCGACAGUCAGACUGUGGCAAGAUAAACAAGUGGCAUGUUGUCAAAGUAAAAAGCAGUUAACGUUAUGGAUGGGACAGCACACCUCUCCACCUUUCUUGCAGAAGAAAGCAAUCAUAAGACAUGGCUUUGACUUCAGCUUUCUGCUACAGGCUUCAUGCCCAGAAUCUAACAUUCCAAAAUCUUUUAAGGAUUUAGGUGCUUUCCAGAUAAUAAGAGCACAUAUGCAACAAGGGUUUAAUAUGACAAUACUAGAAAACAGGAAGAAGAGGUCUGAGUUCCAUUUGCCACCAGUGACGUUUCAGCCCAUAAGAACAAUUCAUCUUGCUCCUCUAGAUGAUAUUUUUGUCAAUAAGCACGUCAAGAUCAGAAAUAUUUUGAAUAUUAUGAAGUCUGUUUCUCAGCCUAUAAAAUCAACUACUAAAUUUUAUCAGUAUCAGUUAGGCAGUAUAGUAAAAAGACAAGCUGAGAAGUCUUCAGGUGUGAUUGUGGCUACUGUUUCUGAGAAGUUCACUCCAACAGAAGACUUGCACUGCUUCAGCAAGAAUAAAUAUCACAAGUACCCUAACAAUCAGAAAGAAGAAACUGAAAACGAUUUGGAAUGGACAAAAGCUGAGAUAGCUGCCAAUACUGAAAAGAAUGUCCAGAAGUCUCAGUUUUCAGUGGCUUGUGAGAAUGUAGAUAUUAUGACCCAAGAUGGUUUUUGUGAUGCUAGUCAUUUUUACCUGAGCUCAAGUAAUGCUGUGAAAAGCUGUGGGAUAUUUACAGCUCUGUGUCCUGUGUCAAAAAAUACAGAUAUUUUAAGAGCUAGCAAGAAGGAAGAAAGAGAGAAUUCCUAUAGGGGUGGUAUAGAAGAGAACUCUACAGACAUGAUACUUUACUGUAGGCCAUGUGAAGAUACAGAGAGUGUACUCUUCAUGCUUGGUGAUUGUAAUUUAGAUUCUUCAUGUAAAAAUGAAGUGAUUGAGUCCUGCCAUGUCUUAGAAGCUAAUUCUGUAGCUGCAGUAAUUCCUGGAGAAGUGCAGGAUAGUUCUGGAAUACAAACAGAAAAUAAUGUUUGUCUUCUCAAAUUAGAAGUGGAAAAUAAAGCAAUGUCAGAAGUGACUGUGAAAGGUCAAAGUGAGCUUGUUCCUAUAGUCCAUGUUGCUUUCUCUGAACAAGAACUACGUAGGAAACCACACAUUGCUAAACGUCCUGCCAGAAAAAGGAGCGUUGUUCGUAGCCUGCCUCCUCAUAUCAGUCAGAGCUUCAACGUUCUUUCUCGCAAAGACAAUGACAAAAGUGAGAUAAAGAUGAAUAGAAACAAAUGUUCAUCAAAAUCUAAAAAGAGUAGCAAAACAAGGACACCUGAAGGCUUUGUUGUUUCUGAUGAGACUUCUAUAAAACACAAUACACAAAAGAUGAAUGCAAAGAGGAAGAAUUUUCCAUCUUUGCAACUGCCAUGUGUGGAAUCUGAGACUGUCCUGACGUGUCAAAAAAAACCACCUCAAGCCAAUAAAUGUUGUUUUCUUCAGAGUUCUCAGAAACUUAAAAAGCCAAGUUCUCCUUGCGGUUGCAAAAAUCUAGUUAUCCCGAAGAAACCUGUUACUCCACUUCCUCUACAACGUGCACCAUCUGCUUCAGAUUUUGUACAACUGAAAUACAGUGAUAUGUUCAAGAAAAUAAAUUCAAAUGACAAAGGCCCAGAUGUUUACGAGAUGUUUGGAACUCCUGUCUAUUCUCACGUGCGUGAGCUUGAUCAACUUAAGAACAGUUUUUACAGAGAUGCUUGUUCUGCUCCUCCUGGGCGUUGCACUGCAAGCACCUGCAGUUCUACCUGCAGUAAAAGAAGAGACAGCAGCCAAAUAAGAAAUGCUCAGAAGAGGACACGCUGUAAGCCAAAGAAGACCAUAUCUGUCACUAAACAAAAGCAGAAAGGCUUAUGUGCAAACAACAAAAGUACUAAAUUGAGUGGUAGCAACACAGAGCAAGAUAAUGUAAUAUCUUCUGGUCCAGACUGUCAAAUACAAACUUCAAGUAGCAUGACAUUGUUUCAUGGAGACGCAGAUUGUCAGCUUAUAUUUUUAGAAGAGCUUUCACAAUCAACGAAGCCAAACAAAAUUCUUUCAAAUUCAAUGUUAUCAACUAUUAAAGAAGCCUCUUUGGAGCAGUCUCUAGACAGUCAGGAUCUAUCCAGCCAUCAGAUAGUUGCUUCCUCUAACCUGGAUCUUCUUCAGCUCAGCGAUAAAGACUACACAGAAUGUGCUGCUAUAAGUAACAAUUUAAUAACAGCAGACCAGAACAUUUGUGUACCCCAGUACAGAGUGGAUACGAAUGGCUGCAAAAGCCUGGAAUCAGACCAGGCCUCCUUCAAGACUACAAAUCAAGGAGAAGCAUUGCCCUUUUCAGAUAGACAGGAGUGUCAAUUCCUUACACACAAAUUAAGACGCAGUUGGUCAUACACGCCUCAGAACAGUAUUUUGGCAAGUGAACUCACUCAGCCUUCAGUGAUUCAGACAACAAAUGUUACAAGCCCGAGUUUCCAGACAAGUCAAAACAUUUUCUCAUGGGCAGGUAAUAAAGAUGUAACUGAUGAGUUGCUUUGUUGUCUGGCUGCAGAACUGCUAAUGCUUGAAGAUAAAGACAUGAACUCUUCAAGAACAAAGUAUGCAGGUUCUAAAAUGCAGAAUACCUGUACUAAAGAAGGAAACAUAAUGAACAGAGAUGGAGAAAUAGUACAUAAUGAUCUAGAGAAGCAGAGUUACAGAAAAGCCUUUCUGGCAUCAAGUGAAGAAAGUGGACUGCUGAACUGUGAGGAAUCUACUCGAGUACCAGGAAGCAAUUUAAAUAACAAGGAUACUAUCAUGUGGACAAGAGGUGAAGUCCUUGGAAAGGGAGCCUAUGGCACAGUAUACUGCGGUCUGACAAACCAGGGACAAUUAAUAGCUGUAAAGCAGGUUGUUUUGGAUACGUCAGAUCAACUGACUACAGAAAAGGAGUACCAGAAGCUGCAUGAGGAGGUUGAUCUUCUGAAGACAUUGAAGCAUGUCAAUAUUGUAACUUAUUUAGGAACUUGUCUGGAAGACAACAUUUUAAGUAUUUUCAUGGAGUUUGUUCCUGGUGGCUCCAUUUCCAGUAUUCUUAAUCGUUUUGGUCCGUUGCCAGAAACUGUCCUUUGUAAAUACACAAAACAAAUUCUAGAAGGCGUUGCAUAUUUACAUGCCAAUUGUGUAGUACAUCGAGAUAUCAAGGGCAAUAAUGUUAUGCUCAUGCCAAAUGGAAUAGUAAAGCUAAUUGACUUUGGCUGUGCCCGGCGUCUGGCUUGGGUCAGCCUCAGCGGAACACACAGCGAGAUGCUCAAGUCUGUGCAUGGGACUCCAUAUUGGAUGGCACCAGAAGUUAUCAAUGAAUCUGGAUACGGGAGGAAAUCAGACAUCUGGAGCGUUGGCUGCACAGUAUUUGAGAUGGCAACAGGAAAACCACCACUGGCUUCCAUGGACAGGAUAGCAGCCAUGUUCUAUAUUGGGGCUCACAGAGGACUGAUGCCUUCCCUACCUGAUCAAUUCUCUGGAACUGCAGUGGACUUUGUGCGUGCAUGCUUAACCAGAGAUCAACGUGAGCGCCCUUCUGCUCUGCAGCUGUUGGACCAUCCCUUUGUGAAAGGAAGACGGUGAAUUGUUCAGAACUCCUGUCAAAUUUAGAGAAGGCGACUGUUGUCUAAUGCUUGCAACAAAGAUUUUUUAAGCUUAAGUGUGUUAGAGAACCAGAGAUAUGUGAUUGCAUACCAGCCCUAUGCUCAGCACAGCUAAACAGACAGUCAUGUUGAUUUUGGGCAUCUCAGAUAACUCAGCUGGGCCUGGCAUCGUAGAACAUUCUACAGGCAAGUCUGACAACUGCAUAUUGCUUACUUAAGGAGAUCACAGAUUUUUCACAUCAGAAUCCGGAUAACCUCUUAAUAAGGAGAAAAGUUGGGAAACCUUAAAUCUUUCUUUUUUUCUUUUUUCUUUUAAAUGAUAAAUGACUUUGAAAAGGGACACACUUGCCUUAUGAUUCAUUGUAUUUAAGGAGGGCAAGCCUAUAAUAUAUAUAUAUAUAUAUAUUAUAUAUAUAUAUAUAUAUAUAUAUAAUAUAUAUAUAUAGCACAAUAUUUAUUCCUAAAACUGUGGGCCAAAAGCAAGAGAGCGGUGAAGAAAGCAUAAUAAAAGCAUGCAGGCUACCAGGGAGCAUGUACAGCUACACUGUAACACUAAGAUUCCUCAACAUUUGGAGUUAAAAUUCAAGCAUGUGAAAACACAUCCCUUUACCAUUAGAAGAUACCUAAUACUUAUUCUAUGUGAUAACAUUUAAAGCUCUGAGCUGUCACUCAGGAAAAAGUUUCAGACUUUCUUAAGACUUGCCAAACCCAGCUAUUCUGCACUGGUCUCAAAACUACAGACACCAAUGACAUCAAAAUAUUCCUCUCAAGAUACAUGCACUGAUCUUUUUCUCAAGGACACAGACAUCAAGCCCAGGAAACCCACAAUUCAGGCUCAAAACUAUAAUCACCUUGCACGCCUUUCUCACAAAGUUCAACAGGAACUGGUGCUAUUUGCUACAACCCUAUCUCAAGUCCAGUUCUUGCAUACAAGCUAUAAAGAUCAAAAUCUCUCCUGAGGAAAUGAUUCCAACCCCCAGAGCAGACUAAUAUUUUCUCCACUAUUUCCCAAAGGGUCCCAUGCCAUGAGGCAGCUUCAGAAAGUGAGGUUGACAGGUAUUGCCAAAACAACCUCUCAACUACAGUGUGAAGAUUGAUUCCGUUUGAGUGGGGAAACAUGAAGGAAUCAAAACUAAGUACUUCCAACUUUUAAGAGUAAAAAUUAUUAAGUUCACUCUAUCCAGCUCUGCAGGAUAUUCCUUCUCCUGGAAUGUCACUUCCCUCAGCAACAUGAAAGAGAACUUAUGGCUCUCCCCUCCCAUCCCCCAAAGUGUAAAGAGUAAAAUAUUUCAGAGAAUGGAUGCAUUAAUUAGCUAGCUCAUUUUAUAGUAAUUUGUGACAUCUAUGUCUAGAUCUCAUUAUCAGAAUGUGUACUUACAACUGCAGUUACAGAAAGCAAACACAUUGUUUCCUCAAUCCCCCAUACAUAAUAAGGGUAAGGAAGCUUUCCACCCAUAGGCUUACAAAGAGAAAGUUCCUGUUGCUCCCCUCUUCUCCUCCCACUUUCCUCCCCCCCAGCCAUGAAAGUAACAAAACCCAAAGCAGUAUCAAUCAUGGCCAGUCCCUUUACAAUUAAAUUACACACAGGCAGAGUGGGGGAACAGAUAUAUGCAAGGGAACAAAUAUAUGCAUCUCUCCAGAUGCCAUAAAACAUCUAGAAUUUGCCUUUGUUAUGUGCAAAUACCAUUUACCAUGUGUUCCUAAACCUGAGCACCAUACAGUGAAGGAAACAAAAGAAAUAAAUUAUACUUGAAAUUUCAAGUCAGUUGCUAUUUGAUUGAUUUAAUGGAAAGAACUAUUUUUGCUAAUAACAAAAAAGGGAUAUUUGCAUUUAGAAAUGAAGUUGGAAAAUUGAACAUAGGAAAUGGGAUAAUUUCUGCACAAUAGAGGUGAGGUAGGGAAUUUUAUUGAAAAUAUUUUUUUUUUUUUUUACAAGUUCUUAGAAAUAAAGUUCUCUAAUCUCACACAAAUGUCUGUACCUCAAAAAAUCAGCUAUGCUAAUAUGAAACAUUUAUAUUUACAGUUUGCCAAAAGAAUAUACAGGACUGCCGGUUUAUGCGAAUACCGAAGUACCAGAUCACAGUGAGAUACAUAAUUUCCGCACUUCCACCAUUAGGAACAGAACUAAGAUUCAACACACACAAAAAUCACUAUUCUCUAAACCUCCUAUCUCACAAAAAGGGAAGAUUCUCAAUAGUGUUGUAGCAAGGUCUCCACUAAUACUUCAUUUUACAAAUUACAUAACGCAUGUACUCAAAUUUACAACAACAAAAAAACCCUGUAAUCAGUGAGGAAUAGAAUAAUAGUGUUGUCAAUUAGCCUUUUAUUGCAUUUAUUCAGUCAUUCACUUGUGAGGCCGAUGCUGAUCCCAUUAAUUUUCACUUAUUUCAAACACCUUAUCCAGGCUGAAAUUCACACCACUCACUGAUGUGCAGUGGGCAACAUUAGUGGCAUCUUGUUGCGUAUCCACUCCCUCCCCAUCCCUCUCAUCCUUCACUACCACCACACCAAAUUUAGUUUCAAACACAAAGACAAAUACAGUUUCACAUAUUUACAGUUACAAUGAAAACCAAAACCAAUGAAUUUUAUGGACUUUUUUUUUUUUAAAGAGAAACCAAAAAUCAGUUUGGAUCUCAAUGUAGCACAGCAACAUUUUGUCCACAAGAAUUCACUAUUUCCUAGAAUCAAAAUAGGAAACUUCUUUUGAGUCAGCACCUUAAGAUGAAGGCCUAUGCUCUUUUCCAAUUUGUAUUAGACAGGCACUAGUUAUCAUCCAGACAUUUAACUCAAACUAACGACAGCAAUUGCUAUAUAUACAGUACUAUGUAUUGCUUAUCCAAAGUGGCUGUAUAAGAUGCAUUUCUUGGCACAACUAUUGAAACAGACUUGAAAAAAAAUUAAUGUAGUGAUCU